UCUAGCAGCAGCUCCUCCUCCUCCUCCUCCAAAAAUGUCGCAGGAGCUUCUCCUCUCGCCGCGGCGCUUCUUUUCUUUCCCUCUUUUCUUUUUCUCCCAGCGCCCCUAAAACCCCACCGAAUUUGCAGCUGUCACAGCCGGAAACAGCGAGCUUCACCCGGACGCACGAACCGGCCCUUUUCCCCUCCCCACCACUGAGGUGUUUAAACCCUCAGCCCGGCGCAUCCUCUCCCGCCCUCUCUCUCUCUCUCUGUGUCUCUCUCUCUCUGUCUCUCUCUCUCUCUUCAUCUCUCUCUGUCAUUGUCGGUUUCUCUCUCUCCUGAAACCGCCGCAGAACUCCGCCGACCGUCCACCAGGUGACUGCGCGGAGCGGAAUAUUCAUCAGCACCGCCACAGUCGUCGUCUUUCAUCCCUCCGCUCCUUCGGACUCCAGGGGGACCGGAGCUGCCGCAUCCCUGCAUCCUUCCUCCCCUCGCCCCGCACCCUCUCCCCCCUGCGCUGUAUCCUCUCAUCCGGUUCGGGACAUUCUCCGCUCCACGCACACGCAGAUUAACGGGGAUUCUGCCUCCCCGCCCGAACACUGAUGCUGAUGUCCUUGAGCUCGGCCUGCACGGUCCUGGUGGUGUAGCACUAGCCACCUCUAAACUGGAUCUGCUUCCUGCCUGUGAUUUAUCAGCCUCCUUUGCCCUCUUUCCAUCUGUCCAUCAUCGCUUCACUCCUGUCUGCGAGUCCACCAGCAUGUCUGUCCGCUUGUCCACGGACCAGCCGUGACCCUGGAGGGAGGGGGACAGAGACGAGGAAAGAGUGGAGUCGCCGGGGAGACGGAGGAGAAGAAAGCUGGAUUCAUUCAGACGUCACGUCUCUGAAGUGCUCCUGCUCGCUGUCCUUCAUCCUCCUCACCCUCCUCCCUCUGUUAUGGAGAUUUAAAGGAGCAGUGGGAGGUUAGGUCAAGGUAGAUAGGAGGGGGAAGAAACACAACCACCACCCCUUACGAAGAAGUAAAAAAAACAAAAGAGAGAGAGGAAGAUUAAUUCAGUCACUCAGUUUAAAUAACAAUAACAAAGAAAAAAAAUUAAGCGCACAUGAACAACCCUUCACCUGCCAGACGAAGGAGGAGCUGAGUAGACUACGGAGAGAACGGACAAAAAACACAUCCAAAUUAUCUUACUGACAUGUCAACAACAGCAACAAUGGGGGAAAUGGCUAACAGCGCUGUGGAGUUUUAUCCCAAAGGGACUCGAGGCGGGGGCGGAGGAGGAGGAAGGGCAGAUGGCAGCCUCACAGGGGGAGACUUUGGGGUCACGGUGAAGGAGCUGAGGGAGCUGAUGGAGCUGAGAGGAACUGAAGCCCUGCAGAAAAUCCAGGAUGGCUACGGAGACACAGAGGGCCUCUGCCAGAGACUACAGUCCAGCACCACUGAUGGUGUCAGCGGCGACCCAGCAGACUUGGAACGUCGAUGUCAAACUUUCGGCCGGAACUUCAUUCCCCCGAAGAAGCCCAAGACAUUCCUGGAACUAGUGUGGGAGGCUCUACAAGAUGUCACCCUCAUCAUCUUGGAGGCUGCCGCCAUCAUUUCACUCGGCCUCUCCUUUUACCAGCCGCCUGGGAAGGAAAGUGAAUUGUGCGGGGAAGUGAGUGGCGGAGCGGAGGACGAAGGGGAGGCUGACGCAGGCUGGAUCGAGGGCGCUGCCAUCUUGCUUUCUGUUGUGUGCGUUGUCCUGGUGACGGCGUUUAAUGACUGGUCCAAAGAAAAACAGUUCCGGGGUCUGCAGAGUCGGAUCGAGCAGGAACAGAGGUUUGCGGUGGUUCGGAAAGGAAACGUCAUCCAAAUUCCCGUGGCUGACAUGGUGGUGGGGGACAUGGCUCAGGUCAAAUACGGUGACCUGCUUCCAGCUGAUGGCAUCUUGGUCCAAGGCAAUGAUCUGAAGAUAGACGAGAGCUCCCUGACAGGAGAGUCUGACCACGUUCGCAAAUCUGUGGACAAGGACCCCAUGCUGCUCUCAGGAACCCACGUGAUGGAGGGCUCAGGUAGGAUGCUGGUGACAGCCGUAGGUGUCAACUCCCAGACGGGCAUCAUCUUCACCCUCCUUGGUGCCGGAGACAUGGAGGAGGAUGGAAAAGAAAAGAAAGGAAAACAAGCUGAUGGAGCUGUGGAGAACAAUCAGAAUAAAGCCAAGAAGCAGGAUGGGGGCGUUGCUAUGGAGAUGCAGCCCUUAAAGAGUGCAGAGGGAGGAGAAGUGGAGGACAGAGAGAAGAAGAAGACCAGUGUCCCAAAGAAGGAGAAGAGCGUUUUGCAGGGAAAGCUCACCAAACUGGCUGUGCAAAUCGGCAAAGCAGGUUUGGUGAUGUCAGCCAUCACUGUCAUCAUUCUGGUGCUGUACUUUGUCAUAAACACAUUUGUCGUUAAAGGUCAUACGUGGCUAACAGAAUGCACUCCGAUAUACAUCCAGUAUUUUGUCAAGUUUUUCAUAAUCGGAGUCACUGUGCUGGUGGUGGCUGUGCCAGAAGGCUUACCUCUUGCUGUCACUAUUUCUCUGGCCUAUUCUGUGAAGAAAAUGAUGAAGGACAACAACCUUGUACGGCAUCUGGAUGCAUGUGAGACCAUGGGGAAUGCCACGGCCAUCUGCUCCGACAAGACCGGCACGCUCACCACCAACCGGAUGACUGUAGUGCAGACUUACAUAGGUGAUGUGCACCAUCGUGUGAUCCCAGACCCUGGACUGGUCAAUCCUAGGACACUGGAUCUGCUAGUCAAUGCAAUCGCCAUCAACAGCGCCUACACCUCCAAGAUCUUACCACCCGACGUGGAGGGGGGUCUAGCCAAGCAGGUGGGCAACAAAACAGAGUGCGGCCUGCUGGGACUUGUCUUAGACCUUCAGCGGGACUACACCCCUGUAAGAGAGCAGAUCCCUGAGGAGAAACUCUACAAGGUGUACACAUUCAACUCAGUGCGCAAAUCUAUGAGUACUGUGAUCAAGCUGCCUGAUGGUACCUUCCGCCUUUACAGCAAAGGAGCCUCUGAGAUAAUGCUGAAAAAGUGUUCCUACAUCCUGGAUGCCAAUGGAGAAUCUCGCAGUUUUCGUCCACGCGACAGAGAUGAGAUGGUCAAACAGGUGAUUGAACCAAUGGCUUGUGAGGGGCUGAGGACCAUCUGCAUCGCCUACCGUGAUCUGCCCCCAAAUCCGGAGCCAGAAUGGGACAACGAGGCGGAAAUUGUGACAGAGCUGACCUGCAUCACUGUGGUUGGAAUAGAGGACCCUGUUCGGCCCGAGGUGCCGGAAGCCAUCCGGAAGUGUCAGCGCGCGGGCAUCACAGUGCGGAUGGUAACUGGUGACAACAUUAAUACAGCGAGGGCCAUCGCUGCCAAGUGCGGCAUCAUACACCCUGGAGAUGAUUUCAUCUGUCUGGAGGGGAAAGAGUUUAACCGGCGAAUCCGGAACGAGAAGGGGGAGAUUGAACAGGAACGUAUAGAUAAAAUCUGGCCCAAGCUGCGCGUGCUGGCUCGGUCCUCGCCGACAGACAAGCACACACUGGUUAAAGGCAUCAUUGACAGCAGCGUCGUGGAACAGAGGCAGGUUGUCGCGGUAACAGGAGACGGGACUAAUGACGGACCAGCUUUGAAGAAGGCUGAUGUGGGCUUUGCCAUGGGUAUCGCCGGGACAGACGUGGCUAAAGAGGCGUCCGACAUCAUCUUGACUGAUGACAACUUCAGCAGCAUUGUCAAGGCCGUGAUGUGGGGACGAAAUGUCUACGAUAGCAUCUCCAAGUUCCUGCAGUUCCAGCUCACGGUCAACGUAGUGGCUGUCAUCGUGGCCUUCACCGGGGCAUGCAUCACUCAGGAUUCUCCUCUGAAGGCGGUGCAGAUGCUUUGGGUGAAUUUGAUCAUGGACACGUUUGCCUCGCUGGCUUUGGCCACCGAGCCCCCGACUGAAGCCCUGUUGCUACGAAAACCCUACGGUCGAAACAACCCGCUCAUCUCUCUCACCAUGAUGAAGAACAUCCUCGGCCAUGGAGUGUACCAACUGGUCAUCAUCUUUACUCUGCUGUUUAUCGGCGAGCGCAUGUUUAACAUCGACAGCGGUCGCAACGCGCCGCUCCACUCCCCGCCCUCCGAGCACUACACGAUCAUCUUCAACACCUUCGUCCUCAUGCAGCUUUUCAACGAGAUCAACGCUCGCAAGAUCCACGGAGAGAGAAAUGUCUUUGACGGCAUAUUUGGCAAUCCCAUCUUCUGCUCCAUUGUUUUGGGGACCUUUGCAGUGCAGAUUGUGAUCGUGCAGUGGGGAGGGAAGCCCUUCAGCUGCGCCCCUCUCAAUGUAGAGCAGUGGCUCUGGUGUCUGUUUGUGGGUGUUGGAGAGCUGCUGUGGGGGCAGGUGAUUGCCACCGUGCCAACAGAGCGGCUGCCAUGUCUGAAAGAGGCUGGUCUCGGCCUGGAGCCUGGGGAGGAGGAAGGGGAGGAACUAGCGGAGGAUGAGGAGGAGAUUGACUGCGCUGAGCGAGAGCUGCGUCGCGGACAGAUCCUGUGGUUCAGAGGCCUCAACCGUAUCCAGACUCAGAUGGAGGUAGUGAGCACAUUCAAGCGAAGCGGUUCGUUUCAGGGAGCGGUGAGACGGCGCUCCUCCGUGCUCAGUCAGCUCCACGACGUAAACACUAUCUCUACCCCCUCUCACAUGCGAGUGGUGAAAGCAUUCCGUAGCUCGCUGUACGAGGGCCGGGAGAGACCAGAAUCCCGCAACUCCAUCCACAACUUCAUGGCCCACCCAGAGUUCCUCAUCAACGACCUCAUCCACAACAUCCCGCUGAUCGACGACACUGACGUGGACGACGAAUCAGAGCUCAGCAGAUACCAGCACCUGCACCCGGCCCUCCGCAAGCCGCCGCCCCCCCCGGCCCAGCCCCCGGCCCGCACCAGGCCGACCCGACCCUAUCGCCAGUACAGCCUUCCAGUGACCCCGUGUAACCGCAACAACAACAACAACAGCAGCAGCAGCAGCUCCACGGUCAGCAACAAGAACAACAUCAAAGUUUCCCCUGACAGCCAGAGUCACCAUCACAAACAUCACCACAGCCAUCGCGGCAGGCCCAGGCCCGUGAAAGCCCCCGCCCCCCACCCAGCACAUCUCUUCUGCGUGGAGACGUCCUUAUAACUGGGAGAAAGGGAAUCCCAAACCCCACUAAGAUGAGGGGAGGGACGAAAGGGUUGAGCGUGAGAGAGGGCUGAGAACACACUGACAUUUUCAUCCAGUCGCCCUCAAAACAAGCUCACAGAAAAGAGGACGGGCGGAGGGGCGGGGGGUGGAGAACGGCUGGAGACUUCUGCUCUCUGAGAACAACUUUUCCUCCCUUUUCCUCUCUCCGGCUCUCAGUUUGAUUUUCCACCUCGAUACCCCUGGGCCCCACCCAGCCUUGUCACACUCACCGUGUCGUCCUGAGCAACGGUUCGGAUGGGGAGGGAAGGUGGUUGUGUUGCUGGGGCAUUGGGGUUGGGAGGGCAGGUGGGACACCCACAAAAAAACCCAUAAAAGCUUCUACACAACCAGUCAUGUGACUUCGGGGGCUGACUCACUCUGAUUCUAACAGUGUUCAUUCUUAGUGUCGUUGCCACCUACUUACCCACCACCCACCCACCCACACCUCUCUGGAUACAGCCACUCUAAGGUCACUGCUCUGCUUGCGAUAUAUGUGAAGCGCUUUGUUGAAGCUUUACCUAGACCUCAGUCACUUCCAUCUCGCCUGCAUUUAGUUCCCCCAUGCUGGUGUUCAUUUGUUUCCUUACUUAACAGAUUUCGUUCGCGCCUCUGUUUUUCAGUCUGUGUACGUGUGUCGUCUUUUCUCUACUUAUGAAAAAAACCUGACAAGAACAGAAAGUUGCGAAGAAAAAAAAGCUAUUUACUUAAAUCUAUAAGUAAACUGACUGAAUGCAGAACUAGGUGGGGGUAUCACAUACGCAUACAGGGUGUGAGCAUGUAAUUUCAAUGUUUGGGAAGCAGGUUAGGGCCACCCCACAAACCCCCAACACUGAACUGUUCAUGUUCGUCACAUGACCUGCUCUCCAUCGUGAUCGGGAUUCCUCCAUGACUCAUACCUCCUACAGGAUCUCCUCCCAUGUCCACAUAUUUCUGUUUUAUCCCAUGAUCUUCUCUCUUGCUGUUCCUCCUUUGCUCAUUUUGUGUCGUCCCUCUCGCUACUUUUGCGAUGGAAAUAUGUAAGAGGGCUUUUUUUCCUUUUUGAGGAAAGAAACUGAUCGCUAGUGAAGCAUUAACCCUUUAAAACGCCAUUAAACAUGCACGAUGCACAGGCGACGUCCCUUUAAGACUCACUUGUACCUACUUCGCUCCCGCUCUGACACGCUGUUUAAUUUGAUCUGUCGGAUCUUUGAUCCAGUUGUUUUCCACAGAAGGGAAGUCCAAGUUCUCCCUCAGCUCCCGGAGCACAUCGGGCCCAAAUCCAAAGUCAGUUACCGGUUUUAUCUGCAGGCUCAAAGUUCGCUCGGUUCAAUCAGAUCCAACCAGUGAGAGCUUGUGUGUCAAAAUGUUAAGUUCAACAUUGUUAACUCUUGAAAAGAAAUGUCAUAUUUAGGCGCCGUCCACACAGAGACGAUUUUAGUUGAAUCUCCCAUCAUUUUCUGCGGCUCUGCAACGAGGGGCACAGGUACAUCCUGUCUUUAAAGACUGAAAUAACUUACCUGCUGUCUGUCAACCAGUUUGAAAAGCGGUUGACAGACAGCAGGGAUGACGAAAGAAAGGGCCAUCCCUUUCUUUCGUUUUUGUUUUUGCUGCAGACCUUUCUUUUCUGCCUCUCUAUCUUUAGCUCCCUGUCAUCAGACAACAAUGCAGUUUAAAUGGGGGGGAAAUUGCACCCCAGUGCUUUCUCCUCUAGGAAAAACAUUGCUGCCUUUAUAUUGGCACACCCACUUUUUUCACCAUUGGUGUGGACACACACUUUUUUCUUUUUUAUUUUUGUAAUCUUACAAAAAUAUGCAGCACUCGUCUCUGUGUGUACAGGGUCCUUCUGCUAUAAAUACAGACAUUACGGAGGAUUCCAAGAAGCCCAACACACUCCUCACACACUUUACUCUCUAAGCUGAUGCUGGUGUCCAGACAACAUCUGAAAAGUGUGGCCGGGUUAGCUUUGUCUCUCUUGAAUGAAAAGACUUCCAACUCUAUGCUUUUAUCCAACUUCUUGCAUAAAAGCAAAACUAUUUUCCCAAAUAUUCCCUUUGUGACACGUCUCUGUCAAAGCUGUCCAGUGUAAAAGGGCUCAACGUGCUGGACAGCCAAUCAUCAGACAGAGACCUACGCAAGGUACCGGUGCAGAGCCUGUGGCACCGUCGCCAAUUAACAUUCCCAUUAAACAUUCCAAACAGCAUUCCAUGCCAGAUGUUGAGGUCACCCCGCUUCCCCUUCCCCACACACACACACACACCAUGAGUACAAAGCUUAGUUCAAGUUGCCUCUCGGAGCGGGACUUGGCUAAACAAUGCAAGCAUUCCCUAACGUUCCUCCCUUUGCUUCCCGCUUCCGUUGACCCCCCCCCAACCCUCUCCCCUCCUGAACUGAUCCCUCCACCAGAGCAAGGCAGACAAUAUGCAACAGACUGCCAUGUCAGCACACUCAGACACAGCGAGUCACACGUCUGUCCUGCCUGUUGCGUUUCCAGGAUGUUCGCAGAGCUCUCUAUGAAACACCCUUACCUGUAAAGAACUCUUUGUCUUCUUGAAUGCUCAUCCUCAUCAUCAUCGCCCGACCCGCCGGAGCAGCGGGCGGGCGACUCUGUAUUGGUCAGUCUGUUUUGAAGCAUGCAUUUGGUAUCAUUAAUGUCACUCUAUGUGUUGGUAAAUCAUUUAGGCUACUUGUCACUUCUGUGUGCUAUUAUCUCUCCACAUCUGCUUUCUUCCUCUUUACCUCUCACGCAAACACACACACACGCACGCACACACACACACACAUCCUUACAUCCCAUUUGGAGUUUAAUCUGUUCCAGCACCUCUGAGCACAGCGACAUCAGUGCUUGUUGUAGGAAACGUGCAGCGCGCCGAUUGAACGGGGGGAGAAUGUGCAGAGGGGGUGUGUGUGUGUAAUUUGACUGUGCAGCUCCGGGCUUCUCCGUUCGGCCGUCGGAUCCACGCGUCCAUCCAGCCACGUUACAUGAUGUUGUGAGACAGUUUCACAGAAGGCGAAAACCACAAUGUGAAGAAGAAGAAGAAAAAGAGUAUAUUUAUUGAAAUUAUGAAGUGUACGACGGCACCACAACUGUACAGAUCGCCCAAAUGUGCACAUGUACAUCUUUGGUUUUACAGGUACCAUGUUCCUGUUACACUUUUUUUUUUUUUUAAGUUAAGUUUCUUUCUUCUCAAAAUCCUAUUGCUUUUUCGUAAAGAGAGGAACAACAACAUGGAAGCGCUUGUAUUAUAUUAUUAUUAUUAUUAUUAAUUUUUCUCCACCGGUGCUCCCACUGAUGGACAAAGACAGUUGCACAUUCUCCUGAGCAGAUUCUGAGGGCUGUGUUUUCUGUCCACUGAACAGCUCCCUGAAGUGCGCAGAGGAACUUCAGGUCUUUUAAGACACCGACUCUGUAAAUAAGAGAACUGGAGACAGAAAUGCACCUCAUUACGACCUGAGGGAUCUGACAAAAACUUGGCGGGGGGGGUCCGUGCAGAGGAACAGGAGGCGCCAUGCAGAGCUAGAGUCUGCAGAAGUGCACUGCGUCCUCGCAUUGUUUAGGCUGCUCUCUUAGAUCUGCCACCAGUGCUUACUGCCAUGGUACGCGGGGGUCAGAGUUCAGGUUUUACAUUAUUCAUUAUACAUAUUGCUGUAAAUAUUCUGUGUAGAACGGUUACCCCCCCCCCACCCCCCUCACACACACACACACACACACACUUCUUGCACAACGGCAGUGCCGUUCGGCAGACAGAAAACACAGCCUUAACUGUGCUGAAAUGACAUUUAAAGAGCAAAAAAAAGUUGCAAAAAAAUAUACCAAAAAAAUAAAUAAAAACAAGAGCAAAAGCAAAACAAAAAAAAUCUAAAGACUAUUGAAUAUAUUAAAGAGUUACCUGCCUGUUAUUUAAGCGAAUAAAUAUCUAUAUAUGAGAAAGAACACACCUGUAUACUGUAGACUAAAUCUGUAUUGAAAUCUAAGAGAAUUUACUGGGAAAUAAGUCCAACACCUUUUGUCUGUAUGAAAGAAAAAAAAAAAUCCAUCAAAGUAUUCUACAAUAAUAACUUUGACAAACUCUG